AUGGGCAAACUUCUAGGCCUAGAAUUGCACAACUUCAAGUCGUACAAGGGCACCGCCAAUGUUGGCUUUGGCGAUGCCAAUUUCACGUCGAUUAUCGGGCCCAAUGGAGCAGGCAAGUCCAACAUGAUGGAUGCGAUCUCGUUCGUCUUAGGCGUGCAGUCGUUUCAUUUGAGGUCUUCUGGGCUCAAGGAUUUGAUUUAUAGGGGCAGAAUUGGCGAAUAUGAGACAACUCAGAAUUGUGACUUGGCGUAUGUUAGGGCCAUCUACGAGAAGUCCAACGGGGAAAGAAUGGUGCUUCAAAGACUGAUUAACGCGACUGGCACAAGCGACUAUAAAAUUAACGACAAAAGUGUCACUGCGCUUCAAUACACGAUGAUACUCAAGGAGGAAAAUAUUUUGGUGAAGGCUAGGAAUUUUCUUGUAUUCCAGGGUGAUAUCGAGAAUGUCGCGUCGCAAGAACCUAAGCAGCUUGCAAACUUAAUUGAGACGAUUUCGGGUUCAGCUCAGUACGCCGCUGAUUACGAUACACUUUUGGAGGAAAAAAAUAAGGCGGUGGAGCUUCAUGCAGAGGUUUUCUCCAGGAAGAGAAACCUCACUACAGAGUCGAAACAUGUGUCUGAACGAGUUCUUAAUCAUCGGCGAAACUUGGCAGCCUCAGAAGUCGCUUUCAAGAACUUGGCAGCGGAAACGUCAGCUCAAGAGCUCCAAGUGAAGAAGCUCGAGCAGAGUAUUGCUGACCUUCGCCAGCGCAUGGAGGAAGCUAAGCGUGGUUUGCUCCCAUCUCAAUCCAGCAAAAAGCUUCUCGAAAACAAGAUUGCAUUCACAAAGAAGAAGAUUGAUGAUUUGGAGAAUGACAUACGCGCACAAUCUGAUCAGGAAGAAAAAUUUGCUGAACUAGAGCAGCAGAUCAACAUCCCCAAGGAAGGUGUGAAUGAGUACGAGGCCUUACGUGGGCAAUACUUGACCGACUCCGGGUCUCAGCUUGAGAGUGAUUUAGCGAUUGUAAAUGCAGAUAGGGAGUCAUUAGAGAUCUCACUCAAGGACCUCCAGCUUCAAAGAGAACAGUCGGCAAGCCGCGUACUUGAACUAGAGUCCAAAGCCCAUGUCAAUCUUGGGCUGACUUUGCAUGAUCUCAACGCACGGAUACAAGACAUUGAUCUGAUGAUCUCUGCAAAGUGGAAAGAAAAGGAAGCUUUACAAAAGCGUCAGGAGGUUGCCUCGUUCAAGAUGCUCGAGUUCAACUCAGAGCUUAAAGAUGUUCUCUCGCGUCUUGAGGAGCUAUCUUCUGAUCAAAAAGAAACUAAGAAGCAGAGAGAGCUUCGUGACAAUGUCGCCAUGCUCAGGUCAGUGUUACCUGAGGGAUCCAUCAAAGGCCUUCUCUAUGACCUCGUGCAAGCAACUCAAAGGAAAUACGAACUUGCAUUGCUGACGGUUCUUGGUGCUGACUAUGACUCUAUUGUUGUGGACACAACCGCAACGGCACAUAAAUGCAUCGAUAUUUUGAAGGAGAGGCGGGCUGGUCUUGCAUCUUUCAUUCCCUUGAAUUCUGUUGUUAAUGAGCCAAUGAACUUGAACUACCUCAGAUCACUUCAUGAGGAGGCACGUUCGGCAAUUGAUGUUGUGAAAUAUGAUGAUCCCACCAUAGAGAGAGCUGUUCAGUAUGCUGCUGGCAAUGCUAUAAUCGUGGAAAAUCUAGAUAUUGCCCGAGAACUAAAAUGGAAUUUUCAUGAGGUGAUUCUGUGCAAGUUUGUUUCCAUUGAUGGCUCUGUGAUUCACAAGUCGGGCCUUAUGACUGGUGGACAACAAGAAAAGCGUGCUGGAGCAACAGCCAGGUGGGGUAAGAAUGAGAUGAACCAGCUUCUCAAGAGGAAGGAUGAGAUCGCCUCGGCGCUUGAAAGGAUUGCCAAGGAGAGACCGUCCGCGAUUGAGACAAACUCUUUGACUGAAGAGAUAUCGCAACUCGAAGCCCUCAAGCCAUCCCUCCGCAGCCGGGCCGCCGUUUUAGAGCGUCAAAUUUUCGAGGCAAAUCAAGAAGUUGCAUUCCUUAAAGAAGGCGAGCAAGAGAUUGACGAUAAAGUAAGGAGAAAGCAAGAGGACCUUGGAGCGUUGAAGUCAGAAAUAGAAAGUUAUGAGUCCCAAAUCCAAGAGGUAAAAAGAAGGAUUUAUUCGAACUUUUGUGACAAAUAUGGCCUCAGUUCUAUUAGUGAUUACGAGCUCACGCACGGCACCGCUCUUCGAGGAAGAGUUAGGGAGAAGACUGAGUUCGAGAAGUCAAUUACAUCAUUAAAGAACCAGAUAUCAUUUCACGAGGAGAGACGCAAUGAGACCAUCGCAAGAAAGGAGAGACUUGAAAAUGAUAUUGCCAGGAGCACGAGUGAUUUUAAAAGGCUUCAUGACGAGAUAAAAAAGGCAGAGGAGAAACUUCAUCGAAUUGAACAAGAUAUUGAAGAGGAGCUGAUAAACAGGAGUGUCUUGGUGGAAGCUUUGCAGACAAAGAUGAGAGAGGCUUCAAUUAAAGAGUCUGAAAUGAAGGAGAUAGAGUAUGAGGUGAAGAAUCUCACACGUGAAUUGGGUCACUUUGAAGAGACCCUCCUAAAGGUUGACGCUGACAGAUACAACAUGAUCAAGAACUGCAAGAUCGAGGAUAUUGAUUUACCACUUGAAGAUGGCUUUUUAGAUGCUAUUUCGCUCGAUGUUGAGAACACCUCCCACGCAGUGUACCAAGUGCACAUUGACUACUCCUUACUCGAGUCGAGAUUGAAAGACAGCUACUCUGUACGGACUGAGGCUGAAAUCAGAGCUAAGAUCGAGAACAUGGAGAACGAACUACAUACUCUCACGCCAAAUGCCAAAGCCCUUGAGAGACUUCAGGAAGUUGACCAAAAGCUAAAGGAUUUUGACAGAGAAUUUAGCAAGGCUAAGCACAACGUGAACAGAUCUACCUCUAAAUUUAAUGAGGUCAGAGACAAGAGAAAGGAACUAUUUAUGGACGCCUUCAAUCAUAUAUCUGAUAGGAUUGAUAAAGUCUACAAAUCACUAACGAGCUCUACUACGUCCUCUCUUGGAGGAUCGGCCUAUCUUACUUUAGAGGAUGAUGAGGAGCCGUUCUCCGCUGGUAUCAAAUACCAUGCCAUGCCUCCAUUAAAGCGUUUCAGAGAUAUGGAGCUCUUGUCUGGUGGGGAGAAAACAAUGGCAGCUUUGGCUUUGCUCUUUGCAAUUCACUCAUACCAUCCAUCUCCGUUUUUUGUUCUCGACGAAAUCGAUGCAUCCUUAGAUAACGGUAACGUGAAAAAGAUUGCCAGGUACAUCAAGGAAAACUCAGGGCCCGGGUUCCAAUUCAUCGUCAUUUCAUUGAAAAGCACUAUGUUUGAAAAUUCUGAAGCCUUAGUAGGUAUCUACAGAGACCAAAGAGAAAAUUGUUCGAAGACCAUUGGGCUUGACUUGCGUCAGUACCCUGAAGAGCAGGAGAAGAUCGCGAUUCCCGAGAGCCAUCAAAUCGCAGCGGCCGAAACUUGA